AUGGCUGCCAUGAUGCCCUCGCCGCCAAUGGACGACCUCUAUGCGGAAAGAUUGCAUGGAGAUGCGCAUUCGUUGUUAGAGGCCUCAAUCGAAGAUUUUGAAGAACAAGAGCGGCGCUCCCCCCUUCUAUCUGGCUUCAGGUCGGAGCAGGGAGACAGCGAAGUUGACGACCAGUCCAGCGCGGGCUUGCCCUGGUCACCUCCAGGCUUUAAGAGUCGGAAUUCAAAUGCAAGUGGAUGGUUCAGGCAGGAUCCGUAUGGAAUUUAUGAUUUGCGCCCUACGAUAAGUCCCUCGAGAUCACGACAAACCAGUCCAGAGAUCUAUCAAGAUGCCACCGAGGGAGAUCCAGAUAUUACCAUAGCGGUGAACACACCCCUGCCGGCAGGUACGGACUCGCCAGUGAGGGAGCGGUCUCCGGAAGCAGAGCCGCAGCGUGAAGCAAAUAUGGGAAAUUUUGAUCAAGCAGAGGCAGUACCUCCUGAGAGCCCGAACAAUUACAUCCGCUUACAACUCCGAGCAGAAGUGCAACACCGAGAACCGUUCGUUCCUUUCCUCAACUUCGUACAAGGAAAGUUCGACGCAAUGACGAAGACGAGGUCAAGCACUUUCAUCUCCAUUAUGACCACCAUCCUGGUUGCUUCACUUCUGCGCAUCAUCCUUGUUCCUCCGAUUCCACCUCCUGUCCCCGACCUAGUUAAGGUUUCAACUCUAGCCAAGUCAUUUGAGCCCUUAAUUUUCUAUUCGGAGAAUGGCUAUACACAAAUUACAGCCUUGCAGGAAACCAGUGUGGCGGUCUGGGACCUUGGUGAGUCGGUGAGAAGCGCCAAUAUGACUUCGGCACCGUUGAUCGUGCGCUCCCUGGACGAGCUGUCCGAGAGCUUGAAAACUCUCGGUCUGGAGUUGACUCGGUUCUUCGCCGAUGUGGAUUCGGACGUUGACAGCAUUUUGCUGGUGAUGGAUUGGGCGAAACGAGAACUGGAAGGCGUCACAUCAGCUCAAGGGAUGUCGUUCUCUGGUGUGAUCUUUGAUCAUUUGCAUGGUAUCUUCAACCGAGGAGGGUUGCUUGAGACAUCCAAAGGCCCCACAACAUUGGGUAAAUUCUUGACUGAUGUAUUUGGAGCAAGCUCGCCGCAGAGGGCGAGGGCGACCCUGACGAGGACAUUCCACGAGUUUGUGAAUGUGCUUGAGGAGUCAAUCAACAGCGAAUUGACGCACUCCGCAGCACUGUUUGCAUUGUUCGAAUCAAUCGAUCGACAAUUUUUGAACCUGCAACGAACGGUGGUUCGAGAAACAGAUACCCAGGAAAGACUUGAGAAUGACCUUCUUUCAUCUCUCUGGACUAGGGUGAUAGGUCCAAACGCAGCCAUGUUGAGAAAGUUUGAGAAGAACAAGCAGCUGUUGUCGAGCGUACGAGCGAGGACGGUCAACAAUAAGCAUCUGCUCAUGGAGCAUCAUGGACGACUACAGACUCUGAAAGUGAAUUUGGAAACUUUGCGGAGGAAAUUGGUCAGCCCCUUGGUGAGGAGGAAUGACUCUGUCACCGUUGACAAUGCCAGUGUCAUUGACCAGCAGGUCAGAGGGCUCGAGGGGACAUACGACUAUCUAAAGGGUGUCCGAGAAAAGCAGAAGAGUAAAUUGAUGGAAAUGGUUUAUGGGGCGAAGGCAGGCCGGUCGAGGCUGGUGGGCGUCAGCGGCGGUAUGGAAGGCAUAGGGCUUGACGGGUGA